CUUCGAACCUUGCUGUCGUUCUUGAAAAAAUACUGUAUCCUCACCAGAAACUAUGGACGAAGUGGACGAGUACCUAGACUGUCCAGCAUUUCUCGAAGAGCAUUCGCUACUCGAUGAAUUCCUGGACGACCUCCCGUCGAGCCCAGUGCUCUCGGAAAGGAGGGAAACCAUUGAAGCAUCAGAGCGUGCGCACAUGAGAUCCAUGUGUAACACUUUUCGUGCCAAUCCCUUCACGUUUCAGCUUUCAGAAGGCGGUGUUGGUCAGCGCCAGGAGACAGAGACCGCCACCCCCCAUAGCGAGCCCCCUCUUUUGUACAACUUCUGGCUUGACGGGUCUCAGCCUCCAAUUCAAGAGGCCCCUCCAAAUGCAUGGAGACGAAAACUACGUCUCAAGCGUUCUUCACGCUCUACAUCAGACACAGAGUGCUCAUCCCCAAUCGUCGUUCCUCCCAAACGAUCCAACACUCGUUCACAAUGCGAGGGGCUUGAGUUUAAUCGCCGAAGCCGGAGGCUGGACAUCGAUCCCCGUCAAGUUAAGACGGAGAGAGGCAAUUCGCCCCCGGAUCAACCUGGCACGGAUGUCCCGCAUUCUGCCGGCCAAACCCCAAUGCCCUCUCCUUUACAUCCCGUCUCCCUCUCUUCUCUUUUGUUCCCCACAUAUAUCGCUGCUCCUGUUCCUGGUGGCACCCCAAUCAUAGCAUAUCCUGAGUCUCCUGCAACGAGCCUCUCCUUGCACCGAGGGCACAUACCACCACCACCGAGUUCCUCUGAACAUCCCGCUUGGCCCGGCACAGGGAACACCGUCCAUCGAAUCCUCAGCCAAUCACCCGCAUCCGAGUCGUUCCAACACACAUUCUAUCCUCCUGACCGGAGGCUCAAUCCGUCAACAGUUAGCCAUUGGCCUCACUCUCGUAUCGCACCUUCUGCGAGUAGCGAACUUAUACCUUCUCACCCUCCCUUGCCUUCUUAUCAUUACCGCCUAACCGAGGAUCUUGUAUACCAGCAGCUAGGGUAUGAUGAGGCUCCUGACUUAGGUUGGGUUUGACCGCAAAGGUAUAGACCCCUGUCCCCAUUUUCGGCUAAAUUCGCCUCAGAUCAGGCUGCUUCAUCUGAGUAGUGAAAUUCCUUGUAUUUCCAAUAUCCCCGACCUAUUAUGUCAACAUUACCUAG